AUCCACCAGAUAAAUUCUUAAGAAUAUGUUUCUUUCAUAUACUGAAAAGAAGAAGCUAAAGUAUCUUAUAAAUGGGCCGAAACCCAUCCAAUUAUCUGGCCCACUGAGUUCAUCUCUCUCUCACCACUCAAUCUGUCUCCUCUGUUUCUCAUACACCAAACCAUGCAAAGAAACCCCCCUCUCUCUUACAAGCCCAUUCAUGCCUUUAAACCCUUCCUCCUCUAACCCUUCAAUAGCACUUCUCAUUAAAUCCUGCAAAACAAUCCCUCACCUUCAUCAAUUCCACGCCCACAUAAUCCACAAAGGUCUUGAACAGGACCACUUUAUAAUCUCCCACUUUCUCUCCAUCUCUACUUCAGUUUCCUACUCCACUUCUAUCUUCAAUCGCCUCCUUAACCCCUCCACUUUCCUCUACAACAUCCUCCUCAAAAUCUUCUCUAAAAAUUCCCAAUUCAAUGACACGUUUUCGCUCUUUUAUCGAAUGAAACAAAGCGAGAAUGCAUUGCCUGAUAAAUACACUUAUCCGCUGCUAAUUAAGGUUUGUUCUAAUGAAUUGAGACUGAAAGAAGGUGAAAUUGUUCAUGGAUCCGCAAUGCGCUGUGGAGUGAGUGAUGAUGUUUAUGUUGGGUCUAGUUUGAUUAGUUUUUAUGGUAAAUGCAAGGUGAUACUGAGUGCACGUAAGGUGUUUGAUGAAAUGCCUGACAGAAAUGUGGUUUCUUGGACAGCAAUUGUUGCUGGAUAUGCAAGUGUUGGGUAUUUGGAAGACGCUAAGAGGAUGUUUGAGAGAAUGCCGGAGAGGAAUUUACCGUCGUGGAAUGCAAUGAUCAGUGGGCUCGGGAAAGCAGGGGAUUUAAGUGGAGCGAGGAAGGUGUUUGAUGAAAUGGUCGAUAGAAAUGUUGUUUCGUUUACAGUUAUGAUUGAUGGAUAUGCGAAAGUAGGGGAUAUGGCGUCUGCAAGGGCAUUGUUUGAUGAAGCUCCAGAAAAAGAUGUUGUUGCAUGGUCCGCAUUGAUUUCUGGGUAUUCUCGGAAUGAACAGCCUAAUGAGGCCGUCAAGAUAUUUUUUGAAAUGGUGUCUAUGAAUGUGAAGCCCGAUGAAUUUAUAAUGGUGAGCUUGAUGUCUGCUUGUUCUCAACUGGGUAAUCCAGACUUAGCUAAAUGGGUUGAUAGCUAUUUGAGCCAGACAUCAAUUGAUACUCGUCAGGCUCAUGUUCUUGCUGCCCUUAUUGACAUGCAUGCGAAGUGUGGGAACAUGGAAAAAGCGGUAAAAUUGUUUGAAGAUAUGUCUACUCGUGACCUAAUUCCAUGUUGUUCUUUGAUACAAGGAUUAUCUAUUCAUGGACGAGGAGUUGAGGCUGUUGAGUUGUUUAACAGGAUGUUAGAUGAGGGGUUAAUUCCAGAUACAGUGGCAUUUACCAUAAUUUUGACAGCUUGUAGCCGUGGAGGGCUUAUUGAGGAUGGCUGGCACUUUUUUGAUACCAUGAAAAACAAGUACUCUGUAGUUCCCUCUCCUGAUCAUUAUGCCUGCAUGGUUGAUCUACUUAGCCGAGCAGGACAGCUAAAGGCAGCUUACGAUCUUCUGAAGUCCAUGCCUUUGAAGCCUCAUGCUUGUGCUUGGGGCGCACUGCUUGGGGCUUGUAAAUUGCAUGGUGAUGUUGAGUUGAGAGAGGAGGUUGCUAAUCGGCUGUUAGAACUUGAACCUGAAAAGGCUGGUAGUUAUGUGCUCUUAUCUAACAUCUAUGCCUCAGCAAAUCAAUGGUUAGAUGUUUCUAUUGUUAGGGAUGAAAUGAAGGAGAAAGGGGUUAGAAAAAUACCUGGUCGCAGUUAUAUAUUUACAGAGGCCUGAAAUCAUUGGCAUCAUUCUCAACGAUCCCAUAUUUCAGUGUAGAAUUAGUUGGAGUAUAAAAGAAGUAUUUUAGAUUGACUUUCUGGAAGGGGGAUGGUUUGAGGAACCUAUAUGUGGAUUCCAAUCCAUUGCUCCAUUAAUUUUAGAGCUUUAGACCUUCCGUCCCCGUCCCUGGUUGCGGCAUUAGGCAAUUGAACAUGGAAUAUUGCAUUUUGAUUGCAAACAUUCAAACAUUAAGCUAGCGUGUGGAGAUGAUGAAUAUUUCAUGGGCCUUCAGAUAUUUGAUGAAUCCCUUUUCAGUUGA